CAACGAUUGUUUUUGUUAUGGAAAUUUAUUUAUUUUAUCGAUCGAUCGUGACGACGACGCUGUCAUGCAUUGCCGGGGUGGAAAAAGCAGUGGUUCUUACUUUUUUACAACACAUUAAGUAAUGUGAAAUAUUUUGUAUUGUUUCAAGUAGAAUAUAAUUUAUGAACAGAACAGGAUGCCUUCCAGACUAGGAGCAGCAAAAAAAGCACGGUCCGUUGGCCGUGCAUCAAAAGCUUCAAGCACGAUUUCACGUAGAAGUCAACCUGCACGUCUGCGUCAGCCCCUACUAAUGCCAGUCAAUAACAGCAACUGGCCUGAAUCAUUUGGAUUUUCAAUUGGAGGUGAUGCUCCUUCUUACAUUACACAUGUUAAGAAAGGCAGCCAUGCCCAGUUAGCUGGGUUGCAGGGAGGUGAUCAGCUUGUUGAAUUGCAUAAUCAUAAUGUUACACAGAUGUCUGCAGAAGGCAUCAAAGCCCUUGCAAGACAGUGCCCAAAUGUACCACCAAGUAUUGUAGUUGUUUCGUGUGUGCGCCAGUGUGAUGUAGUCCGUGAUCCUGAUGGGAGGUAUGGAAUGACCUUGAUCGGCGGGGGACCAGUUUAUGUUGAAAUUGUGGAAACUAAUAGUCCAGCACAUUUUGCAGGUCUAAAGACAGGGGACAUGGUAUUGGAAAUAAAUGGAACAUUGAUUAAGCAUUCUGAUGAUGCAAAAAUAUUUGUGAGUGGUGGACGCAAACUUAAUAUAAAGAUUAUACCUGGUGCUGGCCAUCAAUCUGUUCGACAGUUGGCUUUGAGAUUUGAGGGCAUGAUGGGAGUAGAUCGAAGAACAAGAACAGAAGGAUUUUUUAAAAAGCUUGAUGCGGUGUUUAUAGAUGAACCAUCAAAGAAAGAAGCUUUGAUUGCAUUGCUUAAACAGUAUGCUCGUGAUAAGAAAGUUGAUAAUUUUGGUCGAGCAUUAGCAGCCCUUCUAGAUUCAAGUAAUCAAAAACAAAUCUUGGAUGACGUCAGGGUAUUCGUUCCACCAUCUCAAAGGGACAGGUUUAGUCUGUACUUUAGUAAAGAUUCUCAGUAUGCUGGCAGAAGCAGAUUUGUUUCAAUUGAUCGAACGGGUGGAUCAUUUGGGUUCAUGUUGGUUGGGUCAGGCCCAGUAAUGAUUGAAUCUAUUGACUCAGGUGGGCCAGCUGAUUGCGCUGGCCUUAGACCUGGGGACAAGAUAUUAAAGUUGAAUGGCUUAGAUGUAAGGAAGAAGACACAUGAACACCUGAUUCAGCUUCUAAAAGGAAGUGGAAUGACACCAACACUCCUGAUAGAGACAGGGAAUCCAGCAAAUCUCCCUCCUCCAGUACAGCCCCAGGAAGCUUUAUAUGUAUCAUCCACAAUGAGCAUGAUGAGUGGUAUGUCAGUAACAAGCCAAGUAUCAUCAGCUACUGGUUGGCUUUCUGAGAGUAUGCACAGUAAGGCCACAAUUGAAGAUAUUGAGGAGCUGAGAGCUGGUGGAAUAUCUAGACCUGACUUCUUUACUUUGGGAAGAACAUUCAAAGAGAUGAUGGAUCAUCACCUGACAUCAAGAGAAAAACAACUGAUUAAGAAGGCAUUACAGGAAUAUCAUAGAUCUAGGAAUCUGGAUGGCAUGAUCAUUAGUAUUUUCCCUGUGCUUGAUACCCAUGCAAAAAAGACUAUAUGGCCAUAUAUUAUACAGAUACUACCUGAUGAGCAGCAAGAAGUCUGCAAGAAGAAAGUUAUCUACCUGAUAGACAGACAUGCUGCAGAAGCUGUUUAUGGUAACCCAAAUCGUUUGUGGUUAGCAAACACACAUCCAGAUGACAAUGACAGCCAGAUCAAGUACUCACGAUCACCAUUUUCACGUGGUGCACGCUAUGAUGUAGCACCCUCACAGGGUGAUGUUAUAUUCCAUAAAAAAGACGAUGAUGAGUUUUUCCAAGUUGCACAAGCUGCAUUUAUACUGAAUAAUAGUAAAGGUGAUCGUCGGUUGUCAAGAAGAUCAUUGGAUUAUAAAUCAGAUGAUAAUGAGAGCCACGCUACAAUAUCGGAAGUUGAGGAUGGUGCAUUGCUGCUGAGUAGUCGGAAGACUGAUAGAUCCUAUGAUCUGAGCAUUCCACCAUCUGAGGCACAAUUUUCGCCACUUCAUGAAAGCCGUGUUAAGUCCAACAACAGUUCUAGAUCAGUUUCACCAAAUGGCACUUUAGUUGGAAUGGAUAAUGAAGAUGAAGAUGAUUUUACAAGUCCAGAACCAGAAGUCUUUAUUCCAGGUAUUCAUAGUCCAUCACCUUUGAGCUUUGAGUCAGACAUGUUUGAACCCCCGGAAAGCACAUCAGUUGAGACAACAAAUACAUCAAAUUCUCUAGUGUCUCCUCAGGAAGUGAUUGAAGAUCCGCAGCUAUUCUCACAAUCUGAACCAAACUCACCCGUUUCUUCACCAAGAGGUAAUUUGUACAAUGUGUGCCUGAUUGAUGUUUGCCUAUUGUGUCUCUACUGUGUAAUGUUCCUUAUCUGUUUCUUCAUUAAGAAGUUUGGUGUUAUUAAUAAUUCAGUGUGUUUAAUGUCAUUCAUACUGAGUGUGUUUGGUGUAAUUCAUACUGAGUGUGUUUGGUGUCAAUCAUACUGAGUGUGAUGUCAUUCA